AUGCUCCGACGCGGGCUUGAUAUCCCGCGCGGGGAAGGCAAGGCGAUUCGCCGUCUGGAGUGUGGGGAGAGCCAGGCUCUGGUUGAGUCGGAGUCUUCCGGCGCGCCCACGGCGGCCUUUACUUGCCCCAUCUGGUACGGUAUGGGGGCAUAUUGGAUCUGCCCAUCGCGAAGGAAUCCUUCGGGUCUCCCUCCGCAAGCCAACUACAUCACAUCGUAA